AGCGGGUUGUGGUUCCGGUUCCGUGGUGGAGACACGUGAAGGUCGGUGAGUUGGUACGGAGUUCAUCUCGGCGCGCGUGGCCGGGCUGGGAUGGAUUCCUCUUCGUCUUCUUCUGCGGCGGGUUUGGGCUCAGUGGACCCGCAGUUGCAGCAUUUCAUCGAAGUGGAGACUCAGAAGCAGCGCUUCCAGCAGCUGGUGCACCAGAUGACGGAACUUUGUUGGGAGAAGUGCAUGGACAAGCCUGGGCCAAAGUUGGACAGUCGGGCCGAGGCCUGUUUUGUGAACUGCGUUGAGCGCUUCAUUGAUACAAGCCAAUUCAUCUUGAAUCGACUGGAACAGACCCAGAAAUCCAAGCCAGUCUUCUCAGAAAGCCUUUCUGACUGAUUUCAGCAUUACCUUUUUGGAAAAGGAAGGUAGUUAAAAAAUGGUUGAAGAAAAGGCUGCGGGGGAUUGGCUCCCACCUUUGGCACUCUUGGAGUAUCCAGUCAUCUGAGAAUGAACAAAGACCAAUUUUUUGUGUGUUUGGGGUUUGAGGGUCAUAUGUGUGUGUGUUUGUGUGUGUUUUUUUUUUUUAAUGUUAAUCUUGUGAAAACAAUUAACAGAUGAAUGGAAAACUUUCCUAGAUGCGUAUUACUGUAUGUGGGACUAUGUUUUUCUGAAAGUCCCAUUAACUGCUUCCUCUAAUUUGAAUAGUGGAACUGCUUUUUGUAAUUUGAUAGUGGGACCACAUGGGUAAAAUCUUGUUAUUUGCAUGGAUUUGUUUCAGAUGUCUAAGGACACUGGUACACAUCUUGGUGUCUCUGAGAAAGGGUGGCAAUGGGGGAAGAGUGAUUUGGUACUUCUAGUGUUUUGACCAUCAGUGAGGGAAAAAAAUUUAUGGAAUGGUCAUACAAUACAGUUCAGCUUUCUAAAUUAUCUCCGUUCCUUAUACUGUGAUUUACUUAAAUAUCUAUAUAAAAUAUGAUCUCAAGGUAGUACAGGCAGCCUGAAUAUCUAGAGGCCUUUAGUUAUAAAGGACUCUAGCUAGUGAACAUAAUUCUCAUUACUAAAAUGCCACAAGGAAGAAGUUAACUACCCUGUAUAUCAGGGUCCAAGAAAUUAAAAGAUGUGCCUAAAUAAGUUGUAAAGAUUUAGGCCUAUCAAAAACGAACAGCAGUUUAAAGUAGAGGUGCAUGCCUAGAGUUAAUCAAUCAGUAUAGAUUCCAUUUACUGCAUUCUUUUGAUCACUGAAAUAAAAGCUUCUACAAGAUUCAACUGUGUGAUUGAGAAGGCUUUCUAUUCUGGUUAUCGCCUGCACCCUGGAGAGAUUUGGUGUGCACUAGUUCCAAGGCUAAAAUGUAGUCAGUCUGGGUACCUGCUCUGUGCAAGUUACAGCACAGUGUUCCAGGGAUCCCUGACCUUUUUGUGAGAAAAGAGAACCUUAAGGUGAGAUGGGGAGGGAAAGAAUUCAGUGCUGACAGUCAAAUCCCUGUGUAUAGUAGAAGAGGUUACGUUGAUUAGAUUCUCCUCUUCAAAUCCUAGUGGACUGGAUAUAGAGCUAGAGUAGAACUAGUUGUUCAGUGCCUCUAGUGCAAAUCCAUGAAAGCUGGGGAA